GUUCUAAAGUGAAGAUUCAGCCAAAAAAACAUUGGUGGGGGAACUUCACAGCUGAUCAGCUGAUUUAGAGUUACACUACACGUAGUUAAACACACUGUUAUAUAGAACAAAUUAUUUUUAUUGUGGAAUUCUAAUUUUUCGCUAAGACUUAUGAUGACAGGUUCAGGAACUACUUGUGAAUCAAUUGCAUCACCAACUGAAAAGCCAUCAAAUAAUCCACUAGAACAAUUUGUUUUACUCGCAAAAACUGCCAAAGGGGCUGCUGCAUUAGAAUUGGUCAAACAAGCGAUCGAAACACCUGGAGUUCAUGUUUUUGGAGAAUUAUUAGAUAUGCCAAAUAUUAAAGAACUCGAGCAUGGUCCACAUCCUGAAUACUGGAACACACUUAACCUAUUUGCGUACGGAACUUACAAAGAGUAUUUAGCUAAUAAAGAUAAAUUAUUAACUCUUACACCUAUACAGAAGAAAAAACUUCAGCAUUUAACGAUAGUUACGUUAGCAGAGAAGUCUAAAUGCAUUCCAUACUCUAUUUUACUGGAAGAGCUUGAUAUAAAGAAUGUACGAGACUUAGAAGAUUUAAUUAUUGAAGCGGUUUAUGCUGACAUUAUUCAUGGAAAGUUGGAUCAAAAAAAUUCACAACUUGAAGUUGAUUAUGCUGGGCUUGGUAGAGAUGUAAGACCUGGCGAAACUGGUGCUGUGAUGGAUACUUUAGCUGCUUGGGGUCAAACUUGUGAAGCAGUUUUGGCAUGUAUUGAACAACAAGUUAACAGAGCUAAUAUGAACAAGCGCGCUGCCACUGCUCACAAAGAGGAUAUCCAACAAGAUAUUGCUACGAUAAAAAAGACAUUAAUGGCCCAAGCAGGUGGAGGCGGUGUUCAAGAAGCUGAUAUUGCUGGUGGUAGUUCAGCAGCUGGUGGAAGUGAAUCUGGCAGAGAAGCUAUGUCAGUAUCAUCAGACUCGAAGAAGAAACAACAAAAAGCUAAAGGUAUCAGAAGCAGUGGAUCUACUAUUGAUCCAGUAAGUGCCAUGAUGAACUGAUCAUCGACGGUUGCAAGAAGACUCAUCAGCAUGUUAAUAAAUUUAUUAAAUCAUACUAUCAAUCAUAAUAAUUAUGAUAAUAUUAAAAUCACUAGAUAAUAAACAAAUCUCAUGUUCAUGCACAAUAUUUACUAUAUACCUUGUAUUUUUUGUAUGCUAUCAAAUAAAUAACUUUUUUUUUU